AUGCAGGUACUGGAAGGUUGUUUCUGAUAUGUGUUUCGAAAUAUCAUCCGGGUGAUCCUCCCAUCUUAAGGAGACUCCCUACUGUUUCCAAUAUAUGUCCGUGUUUUAACUAAAAGCUAUUUGAAUCUAAAACGGAACUAAUAUUUUGCACAAACCAUUGUUUCCUCUUAUAUAGAAAAGUAAUUUUAACACACAAUCGCUACUCUUUAUGUUACCAUGACAACAUGACGUCACCAUCUAUAUGGUCUAUAUCAACCAAAAAAGCCGUCUUAGCGGACAAAUAACCACGGUGACCUACCUUUUUUAUUGCAGAAAAUACAUUGUUAUGCAGUUUUGAAUCUUUUUUUGAAAGUUAUUUGAAAAUCGCCAGUGUAGUUUUCGAGAAACUGAAUUUCAGCCUUUAAGAUUGCAUUUUAUAGCCUUUGGAAAGGCUGAAAUUUCUCGAAAACUACACAGACGAUUUUCAAAUAACUUUCAAAAAAGAUUCAAAACUUCAUAACAAGCAUUUUCUGCAAAAACAAAUUUUGUUAAUAUAUAGGCCAUAUAGAUGGUGACGUCACGUUGCUGUGGUAACGUGAAGAGUAGCGAUUGUGGGUUAAAAUUACUCUUUUUAUAUAUGAGGAAACAAUGACUUGUGCAAAAUAUUAGUCUUUUUUAGAUUCAAGUAACUUUCAGUUUAAAACACUGACAUAUAUUGGAAACUGUAGGGAUCCUCCUUAAUUAUACUCCGUGUCUAUACAGUGUAUACGCGUAUAUAUGAAUGUGGCGCAGUGAAUAUUUUAAACGCCCUACAGUGGAGGCGCGGGGGGGGGGGCAAAGUUUUCAGUUUUAAGAUUUGCAUGUUUAGAUAAGAUAUAUAACGUUAAAACAAACUGAUCUGUAUCAAACUGCGGACAAGUUUCACAAUCAAACACAGACGUAAUUUACGCCUAUGAUAUUUAUCGUAUUUUCCAGUUUUGUGGGAAAACAUUGAGCAAGUUCGUCACAAAUCUGGUGAAAGAAAAGAUGGUGCAUACACAGUACAGCUUGAUAUAAUUUUUUGCUUUUUAUUAAUCUAUUAGUUCAACCCACUACAAGCAAACCUAUCUCGACAACAUCGAAACCCGUGGCGAAUUGUUCUAGUUUAUACAAAUCUGGUGAAAGAAAAGAUGGUGUUUACAUCAUCAACCCUGAUGACCUUGGAUCUUUCCAAGUCAGAUGUGAUAUGCAAACAGAUGGUGGAGGGUGGACAGUGUUCCAAAGAAAACAAGACGCAAGUGUAAAUUUCUAUCGUGGAUGGCAAGAUUACAAAAAUGGUUUUGGUGAUCUUAACGGUAACUUUUGGCUUGGAUUGGAUAAGAUACAUCGUUUGACAAAAUCAGGACAAAAUGUUCUAAGAGUGGACUUGAUGGAUUGGACUAACGACACAGCGUACGCAAAGUAUGGAUCAUUUUCUGUGGCGCCUGAGUCUGAUGGUUAUAGACUAAACCUAGGAAAUUUUUUAGGUAAAUAUAUGAUUUGAUAAAUAAAAUUUUAUAAAAUACAGUGUAAGUAGCGACGAAGCUAGGGAUGGGAUGUGGCUUAUAUGCUUUAAGGUCAAGUUACAAGAGGAAACUUUUGCUCCACCUAGCAACGCAAUUUCGGACACAAAAUCAUGUUAUCUAAAACGUUCUGUGGUCACGUAAAAAUGUCGGCAGAUUAAGUGCGCCAUACUCACAAUUUCUCAGUCACUAUACGUUUUGUAUAAGAUGUGACACUAUAAUAGUACGCAAGUAUUGCGGUGUUUUAAUAAUCUAUGAAAUUAUAAAGGUUGUCAAUUUCGGAGGCGCCUAGUGAUACACAAGGGGGGAGGAGGCUAUAAGAUUUUCUAACAUAUGCAGGGAGGUUUCAAAAAAGUCAAAAGCUGAUGGGGUGAGGGUGAUAUUCUCUAAUGAAAAAACAUCUGGUGCUUCUUCCAAAAUAAUUUGUUAAUAAAUUGACUUUUAUAUUAAUUCCUAGGAAAAUAUAAGCUUGGAUUUUAGAGAAAAAAGUUUAGAGUUGCUUUUUAAUUCUAAAAGAAUAAGGUUAAUAUUUUAAUAAUUAAUUAAUUAAUAUUAAUUAUUAAUUAUAAGCAUUUUAGAGGGUGUGACUUUGUCACUCAAGAGGGGGGGGGGGUUGUAAUAAUAUUUGGGUGUUGUCCGAACGUUCCCUUAAAGCAUUAAAAUAUGCACAGAAAGGUUAAUUAGUCAUUGAAGAAAUUGGACAAUACAAAAAAUAGCGAACAUAUACAUUUGUUGAUAUGAUAAUAUAGACUGUUUAAACUCUUAACUCAGAGACCAAAAGUAUCAUAUACUCUAAAAUCCCAAACUUUCAAAUAUUUUAAGGACUAAUUUUACAUCUAAGGCAAUGCUGGUGAUUCGUUGACAUAUCACAACGGAAUGAACUUCACUACCUACGACAGAGAUAAUGAUCAAGAUGGCGGCAACUGUGCUGCAAUCUGCCAAGGUGCUUGGUGGUAUAAACACUGUCACCACUCCAACCUCAAUGGUCUCUACCUCGCAGGGAAGAUAUCUGCUAAAGGAAUGAAUUGGUUGCAUUGGAAAAAUGACAGAAAAUCCAUGAAGAAAACUGAGAUGAAACUACGUACAGCUGGAUUUUAGAAAUCCCUAUGUAUAGUGACAAGUUCAACAUGCACACUAGAUAACGAGAUUCCUAGAUAACGAGCUGUUGCAUUAGAUAGAUGCUAUAUAAUCACU